AAUAACGUAUUUAAGUCAAAAAUAAAAUAUAGUAUUUUUUUUGAUGUAACGGAUUCGUGAAAUUGAUUUGACGUGGAUUUUGUGCCUCCGCCGGCGUUUUGAUUCUACCGCCCAGCUUCGGAUCGGAGUGAUUCUCUCUCUGUCUCUCUCUGUGCCAUUAUCAAACAAGACAAGGUUCUCUAAGUCAUCUUUCAGUUUCUGAUUAUUGACGAUGGUGCUGGUAUUGGCCCUGGGGGAUAUGCACAUACCCCACAGGGCGCCUGAUAUUCCUGCAAAGUUCAAGUCCAUGCUUGUCCCUGGCAAGAUCCAGCACAUCAUUUGUACCGGAAACUUGUGUAUUAAAGAAGUCCAUGACUACCUAAAGACUCUAUGCCCCGACUUGCAUAUAACUCGCGGUGAGUAUGAUGAAGAUUCAAGAUAUCCAGAGACCAAGACACUAACCAUUGGCCAGUUUAAGUUGGGACUAUGCCAUGGUCAUCAGGUUAUUCCAUGGGGAGACCUAGACUCACUGGCCAUGUUACAGAGACAGCUUGAUGUAGACAUCCUUGUCACGGGUCACACCCAUCAGUUUACCGCUUACAAACACGAGGGUGGUGUGGUUAUAAAUCCAGGUUCUGCAUCAGGUGCCUACAGCAGCAUCACCUAUGAUGUGAACCCAAGUUUUGUGCUAAUGGACAUCGACGCUCUGCGUGUCGUGGUCUAUGUAUAUGAACUUAUUGAUGGAGAGGUUAAGGUUGACAAGAUUGAUUUUAAGAAAACAUCCACAAGCGUCCCUGCUCUUUAAACACUUGUAUUUUGCUUUGAAGUUUGAAACACAUGUAUUUGACAGGAUCGUAGGAUUUGAUCAUUGUGACCUGUGAGGAACUUAUGUGACUGAUUAGCAAUGGUUUUAUGUACCCCUUAUACCAGUGAUUGGUCCAGAUAUUAUAUGCUGCAAAAUAUUUGCUUAAGUAGAAAUAUGUAACAUUGUAAUUUGUAUUUCAUAAACAGACAGCUAUUUCAGACA